AUGAAUAUCAACAUAAAUCUGCAAAUAGAGCUUGAGCGGCCGGUCACAAGAUCCCGGAGACAAAUAAUGACUUUGCAAUCAUGGGAGCCAAUUACUUUCAAUGAGGACGUAUGGAAGGAUUUGCAUAAACAAAAGGAAUUGAAGUGUAUCCCUACAUUUCUGGAAUAUUUUCUUAUUACCCACCUUACUGCAGUGGCCAAGAAAAAAAAAUCAAGGCUAAAGAUUAUGGAGAGAUAUACUAGUGUCAUGGUUGAAAAAUACGGGGAGGACCUAACUCAACAUCUAGAGGGUCAUGUUGACUUGUGGGUGCAGGCACAAAAGGGAGAGGUAAAUGCAGACGUAUUUAUGGGGUAGGAUGUUCAGAUCUACAUUUUGUUUUCACGGGGACAUCAUCCAACGGGAACAAACUGACCUCUUCUGACUACCAGCAAUCACAACAACGAGUAGUUUUCUUUGGUAAUAAAAAAAGUUAGUUGCUAUUAUUGAUAAAAUAAAGUUAUUGCUAUUAUUUAAAAGACAUAGAAGUCUACAGUAUUUAGUAAUAAAUAACAAUUAAAGUAUGUUGGUAUUAUGGAAAAUAGGUAAAAUGCUAUAAUGGAAAGAAAAAAAUGUAUGUUCCUAUAUUAUAUAUAAAAAAUGAU